CUUUGUGUUGCACAAUAAGAAAGUAUUAUAAAUUAUUUUCAGAAAGUUUUGAUAGUAAAGUCUAAAGUAUUAAUCGAUAAAUUGUAAUGAUUAACUGUAAUAAUGUCAGCCCGUCGCAUGGAAUAGCCCAAUAUGGAGAGAUGCGUAUAAUAUAGUACUUAGGAAAUUCUUAAAGAAAUAUCUCCAAUCCAGCUACCGCAAUCAACGUAAGAAGAAUAAUAUUAGUUAUUAACAUGUUUUUCUCCGGUUUUAUAUGUUAAUGUAUUUGAUUUUAUCUCAGAAGUUCACAAUCAAGUGCGGAAAUAUUUAAAUUGAGAAAGCGAAAAAGAGCUUUUAGUUGUGUCGACCAUUCUGGAUUAGAAGAUAAAUAAAGAUGAUCGAGAUGUGUUCAUUGGAGUUCGUGGCUGCACAAUGUUAGAGUAAUUAGGAGGGCUGAUUUGCGCAGUGCACCAAUGAAUCACAGGAAUUGCUUUGAAGCUUUGGAUAGAUCAUUGAGGGAUAUUUUGUGUACCGGCGAAACAACACCCCCGGAUAAACUUUUUGGAGCAAAAUAUUGCGAAAUGGAAUAUAUAUCUCUAAAGAAUUUGACACUGACACAACAACAUGUCAAAAUCAAAAUCAGAGUCAGCCGAAUUUGGGAAUCGACAACGCCACAGCUUAAGAAAGAUAUUCUUAGCCUAGAUUGCCUUCUUAUAGAUGAAGAGGGAUAUGCAAUGCAAGCAACCAUUCGCAAACAUGAUGCAACCACUUUUAGAGCAUUACUUUCUGAAGGCAAUGCAUACAUAAUAGAAAACUUUAAUGUUAUACCAAGUAGAAAUACCUACAAAGUUGUCGAUCGCAGAUAUAUAAUCCAGAUUAGUAAAUGGACGCGUAUUGUUGAAGCAAAAGAAGAUGUUGCUCAGAUCCCUUUUUACAAUUUUUACUUCCUGAGCUUUGAUUAUAUAAAAAAUAAAAAAUAUGUAGAUGGUUGCCUUUUAGAUGUUAUCGGAAAUAUUGUAGCGACGGGUACAAUUUCUUAUACAUAUGUAGGACAAGAACGAACUGCAAUAAGAAAAUUGCAGAUUGGAAACUUAGAGGAUGAAACAUUAUCCGUGACAUUAUGGGACAAAUUUGCUAUUGAUUUUAAUGAUAACCAGCAUCAGGAAAAAGUCGAUGGUCCAGCUAUUGUUGUUUUUGCAAGUAUGAGUGUGCGAACCUACAGAGAUCAGCUCUAUAUAUCAACAUGUUCAGCAUAAAAAAUCUACAGCAAUUUGGAAAUACAAGAAGUUAUGGAUUUUCGCAAUAAUUUGUGCAGAAGACAAACACCAAUUGCACCGAUACAACAUAUCAAAUCUUUAAAUGAGCCAAUCCUCAGUCCUUAUGAACAAAUAUCCAGAAAUCGCAAGACUAUUGAUAAACUACUGAAGUUAAAUCCAGAU